AUGGCACCUCGGUGGCAGAGGCGCGUCACAACCCCAGCAUCGGCGAAGGGAGCGUCGGGGGGCUGACGGGCAGCCUGAGCGCCAGCGGUAGCCACAUGGACAGGAUAGGAGCCAUUCGGGACAACCUCAGCGAAACCGCCAGCACCAUGGCCCUGGCCGGGGCCAGUAUCACAGGGAGUCUCUCGGGCAGUGCGAUGGUUAACUGCUUUAACAGACUGGAAGUACAAGCAGACGUGCAGAAAGAACGAUACAGUCUGAGUGGAGAGUCUGGCACCGUUAGCUUGGGAACAGUUAGUGACAAUGCCAGUACCAAAGCAAUGGCAGGAUCCAUUCUGAACUCCUACAUCCCUUUGGACAGGGAAGGCAACAGCAUGGAAGUGCAAGUGGAUAUAGAGUCAAAGCCAGCCAAGUUCAGACACAACAGCGGAAGCAGUAGCGUUGAUGACGGCAGUGCUGCAGGCCGUAGUAAUGCCGGUUGUUCGUCGGCCGGCUUGCCAGAAAGUAAAUCGAGUGCCACCAAGUGGUGCAAAGAAACAGCAUCAGGAAAAAAAUGUAAAGGUAAACUGAGAAAGAAGAGCAGCACGAAGAUAAAUGAGACAAGAGAGGACAUGGAUGCUCAGCUGUUGGAGCAACAAAGCACAAACUCCAGUGAAUUUGACUCUCCCUCUCUUAGUGAUAGUAUUCCGUCCGUAGCAGAUUCUCACUCCAGUCAUUUUUCUGAGUUUAGUUGCUCAGAUAUGGAAAGCAUGAAAACUUCCUGUAGCCAUGGUUCCAGCGACUAUCACACUCGCUUCACCACAGUCAGUGUUCUCCCAGAGGUGGAAAAUGAUCGCCUGGAAAACUCUCCACAGCCAAGUGGAAUCCCUGUGCCUGUUCCAACAGCCCCAAGCGCUGAUGUUCCACAGCUGAGCUACAUUGCUGAGGAAAGCAUUAAUCAUGGAUCUUCGACGGAUGUAGAUUUAGGUGACAGUGAAACACCAAAAGAAACAAACAACAACCAUUCACAACAUGCUGUGGAAUUAAGCACUGCUAUUCAGACUGAAAUUUAAGCCUGUAAGUGCUGCAAAAAUAUAUUUACCACUAAAGAACCCUGUCUGAAAGCUGGUUGAAUUACAUGUGACUUCUGUAAGUUUCAGGUGACCAGCAGAAGCAAGGUUUUGAUACAACUGCAUUUUAUAUAUACUUGUCCAAUAAGGCAAAAUGCUUCAUAUGGAUCUUAGACCUGUGUGAAGAGACACGAAGGCUUUAACCAAGUGCAUUACAGCAGGUACAAAUACGUCCAUGUUUUGUAUUUUUGCCACAACUUUGCUUGAAAGCAUAUACUUGGUGUAUUUAGUUAAAAACUGGUCAAUUCUUAAUACGUUAAAUGCUGAAAUGAAUGAUAUGUCCCGCAC